AUGAUAAACAAUCUACGCGUCAACAGUGACAGAAAAGUCAGCGGCAAGAAACCACUUGAAGAACAAACGUCGUCGAUCAGACCAGACUUCCUCGUUAUAAACGACGGUCUUGAUUUCGCCGUUAGUGAAUGCGGUAAAGAUGAUGUUGGUGGCAUUUCUAAAAAGGAAAUCGUGGAGCGACAACUGCAUGUCCCAAAGGUCAUGAAGGACAUUCUUCAUCGAGCACUCACGAAGGGUAACCAUGCAGAAUCGCUUGCCCGCACACGCGUCCAAGCCCAAGUGCUUGAUUGUCCGAAAGGAUACAUCUGCCGUUUGAUGUCUAGCAAUGAAUACCAACUCCCGCAAAAAGCAGACAUGAUUUCGGCACAGCUUUUCCCGUUGAUGAAGCUGACAUUACAAGUGAAGGCAAUCACCAAGAGCACUAUCAAAGCAUUCAAGAAACAUCAACGUGCCCAGGCCAAGAAUGCCAAACAAUCAGUUUUUACACUUAAUUCACCAUCAGCUCUCGAAAUACCCCCUGCAUUCACCAUUCCUACCCUGAAAAAAUCAAAAACGAACAACAUCUAG